AUGCAUCCGUUUGAGGACUUUACGUUUCUUCUCUCGGUCCCCGCCCCAACGGCCAGCGGACGGGGACUCCUGUCUGACUCCAGCGAUUCAGCCGAGAACGACGCCCCAAGACAGCGCCGCGCGCGCCGCGCUGUCGCCCGCUCCAACGCGGCUUCUGCUUCCACCGAGAACUGCUCCGCCUCCGGUAGUCGCCUCCCCGGGCGUGCAGAAGGCCCGAGUCGGCUCGCCCCGCAGGAGACACCUGCCUCCGCGCGGUGCCGGUCGGAGACAGCGCCCGUUCGCCGGCGAUGGAGGGAACCGCAGAGACAGGCUACGCGAGGGCCGGUCGGCGAGCUUCCCUCUUCGUUCACGCACUUCCAGGGACGAGACAAAGACGACGUUUCCAAGAAGCGUGUGUCAAGACGACGCGAAGCUACAGCAGCCGCUGUCGCUGCAGAGAAGCGGGCUCUCGAGCUGUACAGACAGCGCAGGAAGCAAGCGGAGGAGCGGGCGGCGGCGCUGAAGGCGAAGGCGGAAGAAGAAGCGGAACGGGAGGAGCGGGAGAGGGUGAGAGAAGGAGAGAGACAGGCGGCGAUUGCGGCUCAGCGAAGGAGACUGGAGGCGGAGCAGCUUCGCGAACUCGAGGCACACCUGGAGAGAGAGAAGAGACUCAGGCAAGCCCAGCAAGAGGUGCGCCAGGCCUCCCGAGCUGUCGCCGCCCUGAGAAGGCUCGAGGAGGCGAGAGAAGCGGAGAGGCAGGCGGCAGAAGACAAGCAGAGACGCCGAGACCUCGUGAGGCAGAUGGAGAGAGACCGAACUCAAGCGUGUGUCCGAGCCGCGGAGCGGCAACGCCUCCAGGAAGAACGUCUUCUCUCAGCGUGCGAGCAGGGAAGAAGAGAACAUGGAGGGCGACUGGAAGGAGACGGGAGAGAAGAACGAGUUAGCGGAGGACACGAAGUCCAGACGGAAACCGCGUCGCGUUGGAAGGACGGCAAGGCGCGGGUGCCAGCCGCAGCCGUCGCGGCAACGCCUCUCUGCAGAAGGGACGAGAAAAGCGAAGAGAAGACUCGUGGGAACUUCCUCAGCAGCAGUACACUUCGCAGACUGCAGACGAGAGAGCGCGAUUUCGCGAGUUCCUUUCUCCACCGCCAAGGCGUCGGUCUCCAUGUGCCACCACGGCGAGACGUAGAGCUAGGGCGUCGAUACACCCGAUACGACGCGCAUUCACUCCGGGGUAUCGCUCCGCGACAGUACGGCGGUUCUUCGAUGCCGGAGCCCGACGGAACUCAGCGGCGGUCGCCGCCAGCUGCGCACUUUGGCUCUGUCGCCUGGUCCCGCGUCGGUACCGAGCCGGACGGCUGCUGGCGCUUCAAGAGGAGACCGUCUGAAGCAGACAGCGCAUGCGAGGAAGCACCGCGACAAGACGAAGAAAGACAGAGAGUUCUCUUCGAGACACGGUCGUGUCAGCAGCCUGCUCCGAGAAGCGCCUACGCCUUUGUCCCGGAAGGGGAAGAACGAGAAAACUUCUGGACGCGUUCAGGCGAGGCUCACUUUGACUCGGAACCUGGCGAGGCCUCCGAAGAACUAGCCCAGAGAGGCGCCUCUCCUCGCGCCUUUGCUUGGUGCGCAGAGAGUCUCCUGUCUGUGUCGCUCUUUUCGUCGCCUGCUCGAACGGCGCGUUCGUCUCCGGAGCCUUCGACCCGUUGCGCACGUGUGGAAGCGUCUCCAGAGGAGAAAGAAGCGUUUGCGCCGUCCCCGGAAGAGGGCGCAGUCCCGCGGUGGGGCGAACAGGCACGGGGUUUCUACGCGGAGGAGGAUGCACCCUCGGUUGGCUCUCCGUGUCGAGACAGUGGAUGUUUCGCUGGCUCUUGGGACAAGGAAAACUGCCACGAGAACUUGGACGAACGCCGAGCCUUUGAAAGGAAACGCGUGGAGACGCACGCGCAGGCAGCCGGCAUUUCUUCGCAGCCGCCGUGUCGGUGUGGAAAGUUGCCGCGCGAAUUCUCCUUCGCAAGGCUGCCGCCUUCGCCGUGCUUCUGUUCUUGCGCGUCGCCUUCUCCCUGUCCUCCGCAGUGCCCAUCUCGGGCUGCUCUCCCUUGCCAGGGCGACCGUUCUUCUGCGACCGCUGCUGUCGCUGCAACGCGACAGGGAAGAGACACGGAGACACGUGUCUCCUCGUGCGCCCCGCGCUCGGGGGGUCUCCUGCCUGCGCGAAGUGAAGAUGCGUCGCGCCACCCAGAUGCGUCAAGAGGCGCCUUUUCGCAUUCAGAGAGUUCGGAAGAUCGCACAGACUCCGAUAAACGCGACGGGCCAGCGGAGCAAUCCGACGCGGAAAAACGCCUUAUUGUCGCUUCUCGUUCUCCGGGGCCGUUUGCGACGCGGUCACCGCUGUCGCCUGCGUCCGCUGCCUUGAGGGAGACGCCGAGCUUCGGGAGAGGCGGGAAAGGCCGAAAGACGCUUUUUUCUCACACGAAAGAGAGCGAACAGUCCGACGAGGAAGUCAGUGGUCUCCGGCUGAGAAACAGAGGAAACGAACGCGAGGCAAGGUUGUCACCGUCUUCCCGUUCCACAGACGCCUUUCCCUACAGCCAGACUCCUCGCCGUUCCUGUCCACACGCUUCUCUUUGUCGUGAAGUACCCUCUGCCUUCUCGAAUCUUCCGUCUCUUCUUCUGGGUCUGUGCUCGAGAGAAGAGAACCAAGAACGGCGAGAGGAGAGACACAGUGUGAAAAACGCGGAGGGGGAGCGAGAGCCAGGAGACGAAUCAGCGCGGCACCACGCGCGGCGAGCGACAGCGAGAGGGAAGAAGAUCUUUGAUUUCGCCGCGGAGGUGUAUCUCCAACAGUGCGAGGAAGAGGGCGCACGGCGAGAGCGGGACCAGCACCUGUUCGACGAAGGAGGAAGCGAAGGAGACGGCAGCGAAGAAGUUUGGUUUUCGCGGAACGAAAACCGCGCUUUUAUUCGAGAGGCGCGGCAAGUCGGGGUCGCCAGAACGAGCUCUGCGUCCGCGUCAGAGGAAAGCCUUGGAAGAGGCGAAGCAGCGAAAGAAGCCCGAAAGGAAGGCUGGUCUUCGCAGCCUACACCCUCUUCUUCCAGGGCCACCUAUGCAACAGAAGCGCCCUUCCUUCUGUCUCCGUGGGAGGGUGUUUCUGCUCCUUUGUCAUUUGAGGAGACGAAGAGACGAUCUCUGGCGACGUCGGCUGACCAGUCCCGGUGUCUCUCAAGUCAGGAAGGGGCCGCUGGCCGAAAGGCGACAGCGCCUCUUCUCUCUGAGAGAUCUUCUGGUCCGCACGCGGCCUCGGCAGAACCGCCUGCCUCUCCCGUGUCUCCUUCCCCACUGUUGCCUUCCUCGGCGGUUUCUUCUCUUCCUUCUUACUCUCGGCCUCCGUCGCACUCGCACCCCUCAGUGAUUGUUUCGGCGCGCUUCAGUUCUCGCCAAACCCAAGGUUUCCCCGUUUUUGCGGAGGGGGCGAGCGCACGAGUCGCCAGAGUGGAAGAGAACUGCGAAGCACUCCCCGGGAGGGAAGAAGCCUUCAGUGUCGCAGAUUCUCCCGGUGCGUCUCCAGCGCCCCAACAUGGUGUACAGGGAAGAGCGAACGGGCAGAGAGAUGCGCAGGACGAAGACAAAACGGGUAAGGAAACGGAGAGCGAGAACCCGGCACAGCCCUCGGGAUGUCGAGACUCGAAUCCGCAGGCGAGAAGGCGAUCCAGAGUGGCGCUGCCUCCGUCUCUUCUUUCCUCUUCUCUGCUGUUGUCUUCUCUCCUGUCGUCUUCGCUUUCGUCUUCUGUUCUCUCGUCCUCGCUCCACUCUUCGUCGAGCGCGGGAAGUUCGAACGCUGUCUGGUCCCCCGUCCGCAGUCGCGCCAUGUGCGGAGACACUUGUGGGGCCUUUGAGGGCCCUGACGCGCGCGAGUCAGAAGAGCGACAAGAAGCCGAGAGACAGGAGACAGGCGCAGAGACGGAACGGAGACACCGUCCGGACGGAGGCGCUUUCCGCCGAUCUUCCGGCGCUGCGUCACCUUCUUCCUCUGUUUCUCUCGCUUCUUCCUCUUGUGCGGAAACCACGUGUCGCAGUGGCGGGUGCACUCGCGCGCUGGGCGACCUGAGGAAGAAACGAUCAUUGCUCGUGCGGACGAGCGAGGCGGGGCCGUGCGGGAGGUUCCUGAGUGGGAAGAGACAGUUUUCUGGAGAGAAGGGGACAGGAGACAGCCGAGAGGGCCUUCGCCAGAGAGAGGCGAGUGCGCAGCGGCGCGUUCCCCGACACCGUUCAACCUCGACGUCUGCGGGAAAUGCUCGGGAAGGGCGAGAGGUCGAAGGAAAGAGAAAGAAGAGAGAGGAAGGGAAAAGCCUCGCAGAGAAGGAAGACGACGGCCACCAAGGCGACGAAGAAGACGGAGGAGAAGAGGAACCGGAGAAAGACGAAGCAGCGAUGCCGAAGAGAGAUCGACAAACGCAGAAGGAAAAUGAGGCAUUGCGAGAAAACGCGAGCGGCAAGGGAGACGCAAGAAUAGAGGGAAAUGGCUUCGAUAGGGAAGAUGAGGAAAGGGGGAAACUUUGA